UCUGGGUAGCUUCCUCAGGCGGCCGCUCUCCAGAACGCUGCUUUGGCAGGAACCGCAAUGGAGGAAAUCCGGAGCCGCACCAUGAAAGGCCUCGCUGAUCUGAGGGGUUUUAUCAACCUGACUCCGAAGGAAAGCGACAGCUCGAAGGCGGCAGCCGCAGCAGAAGCAGCCAACGCGGAGACUUUGCUUCCAGAUGAGAAAGAAUUUCAACAUGCUGCUAAAACUAAUAAUCUGGACGCUAUGGAAAGGUUAUUUAAGAAAAAAAUUAAUAUUAAUGCUGCAAAUGUUUUGAAGCGCACAGCCCUCCAUUUUGCUGUUGCAGGAAAUCAUAUAUCUGCAGUUGACUUUCUUCUCCAUCACAAAGCUAGAGUUGAUAUUGCAGAUAAGCAUGGCCUUACUGCCAUUCAUCUUGCUGCAUGGUCUGGUAAUUUGGAAAUAAUGCUGAUGUUAAUUAAAGCAGGAGCUGAUCAAAAAGCAAAGAACCAGGAAGGCAUGAAUGUUCUACAUUUUGCUGCUAAGAACAAUGGUGUUAGAAUAGUGAAUUAUUUUAUCCGAGAUCUUCACCUGAUGGAACUCAAUAAACCUGAUGAGAAAGGGAGAAAGCCAUUCCUACUGGCAGCUGAAAUGGGCCAUGAAGAAAUGAUAGAUGAGUUGAUUACCCUUAAUUUAUUCACCUCAGAAAAGGAUAAGGAAGGAAACACUGCCUUGCAUCUAGCAGCUAAAAAUGGCCACAGAGAUGUGUUAGAGAUUCUUCUUCAACAGUGGGAAGAUAUCAAUGAACUCAAUCAGAAUUGUGAAACACCAUUUUAUAUGGCUGUUGAAGGAGGCCAUGAAAAAUGUGCUGACCUCUUACUGGAAGCUGGAAGUGACAUCAAUAUUUUGAACAAACAAAAUGUCAGUGCAUUACAUGUUGCAACUCAAAAUGGACACACACCUUUGGUCAGAUUUCUUAUCAGUCAUAAUAUUGAUCUGGAUGCUCAGUCUCAGAAAAAUAAUUCUCCUCUACAUUUGGCUAUCACAAAAAAUAACUUAUCAGUGAUAAAUAGUUUAAUAAAGGCAAACCAUAACAUAAAUUGCCUAAAUAAGAGACAUCAAACACCUUUACAUCUGGCAGCAGACCUUGGAAAUGUGGAAAUAAUAGAAACGUUGCUAAAGGCAGGCUGUGACUUCAGCAUGGUAGAUAAGCAAGGAAAAACUGCACUUGCUGUAGCAUCCAGAAGCAAUCAUGCCUUAGUUGUAGACAUGAUUAUAAAAGCAGAGAGAUACUACAUCUGGAAACAGGAGCAUCACUGUACUGAUGUGUCAAAUAUUAAUCUAUCUUUUAAACAAGAUCACAACAUACAGACCAAACAGUUCCGUGCAUCUCUUUGGAAUCUAGCAUAUAAUAGGUUAAAAAUGCGAGAAUGGGUAAAACUGGCACAGUUUUGGAAGUUUACAAAUGAACAAAUCAAAGCAAUAGAAGAACAGUGGACAGGGGAAAAGAGCUACAAGGAACAUGGAUACAGAAUGUUUCUUAUCUGGUUACAUGGUGUUCUGAUAGCUGGCCAGAAUCCUAUUAAACAUUUAUAUGAGGACCUGAUAAGCAUGGGAUUUCCACAACUGGCUGAAAAGUUCAGAGCAGAAAAUAAUGCUGGCACAGAAUCCAAGAAAUGCUCGGUUUCAUGAAAUUCAAGGGAAUCUGAAGCAAUGAAAUAGGAGAAUAAAUGAGUAUUAAAAUAUUAUUUAUAAUCAAGUUCUCCAAUGUUUCUCUAUAAAGAAAGCUUAUCUUCUCACCACUUCUGUAAUAUCUCCCACCCCAUCAACUCCCCAUCCCCAUGCUAACUAGGACUUCUCCACCUCCAUUGGCUCUUUCCAAUCCCAAUUCACCAUUCAGAAAUUUCCAGCUUUCCGAUUCAUUUUUAAAAAUCUUGAGUGGCUGUAUCCCACUCAGAAGGAGUGACCUAAUUUGGAGGUGGUAAAAGAAUAUGGGGUUAUGUGACUUCUUGGGUUCCAAAAGCAAUGGGGAAAUGAAUGUGGCAGUGGAUGAAGAUCUGCUUGAAAAUAAUUUCAGUCAAUGAUAGAUUUUUUUCCCCUGUGAAUGGCUGAUAAUUCCUGUAGGAAUCCACUUGCACCUGAGGGCAUAUUAGCAACUCUGCCAUGCAAUCUGUACAUAAUACUCUCAGUUAAUUUUUUGCAGAAUGAAACAUUUCUUGAGAUGAUUGCUUCCACAAGUAUACUUCUUUUUAAUAUUUGAUAUUUUAAAUAAAGUAUUUUCUAAGAACCCUCGUGUGAAAAGAGUAGCAUGUUGUAUUAUGAACAAAACAAAUGAAGUAGGAUUUAAAAGAUGAGACAAACUCUGUCUUCAAGCACUUUCAUCUCAUAAUCAAAUGCCUUUGACUUUGUGUUUGAGACCCUUUGAGUAGAAAUCUAUACAGGGAAAUAUGACAGACAGCCAUACCAAGUAAAAAAAGUGCAUCCUUGAAUGUAAGAUAAUAAUUGUAAGAUAUUUAAAUUGCAAUCCUAGGCACAUUUUUCCGGUAAUAAUGUAGAAUAUAGAAAGAAAUGCAUGAACAGAAAAUUAGGGGGGAAAAGCAGAAGAAUUUUGGUUGGAUGAUGUUGAUGAGAUCCUGAAGUUUAAUGGACAGAAGCAGUAUGAAUCGGUGGAUGGGUGUGGUAGAAUAUGAAACUGGCAUGCGAGGAAAGAAAAUAUGGGAAAAUAUAUUUGUUUUUCACUAUUUUCUGCCUCAAACUUAUUUUGCUUAUUAUUUAUUUCUUUUGCACCCACAAAUGAGAGUAUCAUGUAUGUAUGUGUGUAUGUAUGAAUGCAAUGGGUAAUGAUAAAGUAAUUAAUGCUAUUGUUAUGGAUGUGUUCGUGUGGUAAUCGGGAGCCAAGCUCAACCUGAGGCAGACUGUAUAGUCUUAUAAUGUACUGUACUUAUAUUAAGAAUCUGAGGCAAAUAAACAUAGUAAUUAGUAUUCCUAGUAUAAAUUUAAAGCACAUUUGCCUCUUUAUCAACGAUUAUUGCAUAUAACAAACAAACGAAAUUAUGGUUUAGUCCUGAACAGACACACUUAUGAUACAGCUGAAGCCAUUCAGAUUUGAAGGAGAAAAAGUGAUUUAAGUGCACAGAACUGUUUAUGUAAUAACUUCAGCUGUUUUUAGUUGAUACACCAAAAAAUGCAUCUGAGGUGCUAACAUGACUAAAUAUACCCCAGUCACAUUUUCUUUUUCAGUCUGAAUAGCUACAUGGCCCAAUCCAUAAUAUAGUACUUGUCCGAUCACUUUCAAUACAUGCGCUUUAUUUCUUAAGCUCCUGCAUCCAUUUUACAAACCCAGAUUACCUCCUCAUGCUGCAGUUAGCCGUUUAGUAGUAGGUGUACAAGUGAUGUAUAUACU